GACCCCUCCGGACUCCUCAGUGAGAUACCACCACUAGAGCUGAAGGCUGAAGCCUCUGCUGGUUCUGUGCUAAGAAAUUAGAAUCCAUGGAUUCUGCUGAUCACAAAACUAGUACGGUGAAGUACGGAAUCAUAGGCGUUGGAAUGAUGGGCAGAGAGCAUCUCAUCAAUUUGUACCAUCUUCGCACCGAGGGCGUCGUCGUCGUCGCCAUAGCCGACCCUCACGUUCCUUCCCAACAGCACGCCCUCGAUUUAGCACAGUCCUUUAACUGGCCUCUCAAAGUUUUCGGAGGGCACCAGGAGCUGUUGGACAGCAGACUUUGUGACGUUUUGGUAAUAGCGACUCCAAAUAUGACCCAUCACAGGAUCUUAAUGGACAUCAUCAAUCACCCCAAAGCAUAUCACGUUCUGGUAGAAAAGCCUUUGUGCACCAUGGUCUCGCACUGCAAAGAGGUUGUUCGUGCUGCUAGAAAGAGACCGGAUACCUUAGUACAGGUUGGACUGGAAUAUAGAUACAUGCCACCUGUUGCAAAACUGAUAGAAAUAGUUAAGGGUGGAAAUGUUGGAAGGGUCAGAAUGGUAGCAAUCAGGGAGCACCGGUUUCCUUUCUUGGUUAAGGUAAACAAUUGGAAUCGGUUCAAUAUUAACUCAGGGGGGACUUUGGUAGAGAAGUGCUGCCACUUUUUUGAUCUGAUGAGGCUUUUUGCGGAUGCAAAUCCUGUUCGUGUGAUGGCUUCUGGAGCAAUUGAUGUUAAUCACAAGGAUGAAGUGUAUGAUGGAAAGGUGCCCGAUAUUAUUGACAAUGCAUACGUUAUCGUCGAAUUUGACAAUGGCUCUCGAGGAAUGCUUGAUCUAUGCAUGUUUGCUGAAGGGAGUAAAAACGAGCAAGAGAUAUCCGUAGUGGGUGACAUUGGGAAGGGGGAGGCCUUUGUUCCAGAGAAUGUUGUUCGGUUUAGCACGCGAGAGGCAGGGCGAGAUGGUGUUCAAACAUUGAAAGCUGAGGAUCACAGGAUAAAGUAUGAUGGGUUGCACCACGGGUCUAGUUAUCUGGAACACCUUAACUUCUUGAGUGCAAUAAGGACUAAAGGUGAAAAGGCUCCUGCAGUGGAUCUGGGAGAUGGAUUGAUGUCUGUCGCCAUGGGAGUUGCAGCUCAGCUUUCCAUAGAGAUUGGCCGAUUUGUUACUAUCAAGGAAGUUAUGGAUGUAUGAGCUGUAAUGUCCAAUACUUUUGCCUUUCUGAUCCUUACUGUCCUUGUGGUUUGUACUCGAGAAACACACCAUUCGAUGGAAGAGCUAUAGAUAAUUUGUAAAGUUCACUUGUUAGCAUCCUUUAUUUUAUGUUCUUUAUUCUCCGUAAAUCGAAAUUCAUAGAGGAAAAAAAUAAUGUUUCAGG